AUGGCACGCCUAACUGCCUCCCUGCUGGCCCUCUCCAGCCUCCUGGGCUCGGGAGCAUCGGCGCCGACCAACAUCACCUCCGAGACGGUUAGCGUUCACUGGCUCGGCAACGCUCCCAACCAGACCAUCGGCACCACCUUCGGCCUGCCCUGGCCUAAGGGCAAGUACGACGCCAAGAAGACCGACUUCACCAUCUCGGGUGGCAGCGGCGAGAGUCUGCCUCUCGAGUCUUGGGUCAAUGCCUACUGGCCCGACGGCUCCAUCAAGUGGAGUGGCCACGCCAUCGGUGCCUCCGACAGCCCGUCCGGCGAGUACACCGUCACGGCCUCCGGAUCCCCCGCCAGCAAUUCGACAUGCGCGAGGCGUGCCAAGAGGGCUGCCCAGGCUACAGCUCUGACCGUGUCCGAGUCGGACGACAGCGUCGACGUUGAUACGGGCAAGAUCGCCGUCUCCUUCCCCAAGAAGGGCAGCUCCAUCAUCAGCAGCAUCGAAACCGCUAACGGCAACACUGUCGGACGCAACGGCAAGCUCGUCCUCCACUCCCAGUCUGCCGUCAACGAAGACGCCCAGGACCGUGGCAAGACUGCCAUUGACUACCACAACUUUGAGAGCGACAUUCACAAUGUGACCGUCAGCGAGGAGAACACGGUUCGCACCCUCGUCACCGUUCGUGGCGCCCACCAAGCCAGUGGCGGAGACAGCCACGUCGACUGGCUGCCUUUUGUCCUGCGUUUCUACCUCUACGCCGACUCUGAGGCCAUUCGCCUCGUCCACACCGUCAUCUACGACGGCAAGACCGACCAAGACUUUAUCAGUGGUCUCGGCAUCCGCUUCCAGGUGCCCCUCAAGGGUGAGGAGGUGUACAACCGCCACGUCAGGCUUGCUGGCCCCGACGGCGGCCUUCUGAGCGAGGCUGUCAGGGGUAUUACCGGUCUCCGCCGUGACCCUGGCGCCACCGUGCGUACCGCCCAGUUCGAGGGCCAGAAGACUCCUGACAUCGGCACCUGGGACACUCGUGUCUCGUCGAGGAUGCAGUGGAUCCCCGAGUGGAACGACUUCAGUCUGUCACAGCUGUCGCCUGACGGUUUCACCCUGAAGAAGAGGACCAAGGCCGGCCAGAGCUGGGUCACUAUCCCUGGCGCCACUCGUUCCGGGGGUCUCGCGUAUCUCGGCGGCGCCACCGCUGGUGGUCUUGCCGUCGGCCUCCGCGACUUCUGGAAGCGCCACCCUACUGGUCUCGAUAUCCGCAAUGCGGCCGCUGAUGAGGGAGAGAUCACCCUCUGGCUCUACAGCCCCGAAGGAUCCCCUCUUGACCUGCGCCCCUAUCACGAUGGCCUCGGUCUGGACACGUACGCGAAGCAGCUCGACGCUCUUGAGAUCACCUACGAGGAUUGGGAGCAGGACCUCGAUACCCCUUACGGUAUUGCUAGGUCCAGCGAGGUCUUCCUCUUCGGCUUCGAGUCCACUCCUUCUCGCGACGAGCUGUCUGACCUGACUACCUACAUCAACAAGCCCCCCGUCCUGGUCCCUAAGCCCGAGACAUUCCACGAGUCUGGCGCUGUCGGCUCCUACUGGGGUCUGCCCGACACCUCGUCGCCGUCUGCCGCCGUUCUUGAGGGACACCUUGACUUCCUCCUCGACUUCUACUUCAAGCAGGUCGAGCAGCGUAGGUGGUACGGCUUCCUUGACUAUGGUGAUGUCAUGCACACCUACGACGUUGACCGCCACCAGUGGCGCUACGACAUUGGUGGCUACGCCUGGGAUAACUCUGAGCUGUCCCCAGACCUCUUCAUCUGGCUCCAGUUCCUCCGCACCGGCCGUGAGGACGUCUACCGAUUCGCCGAGGCCAUGACCCGCCACACCGGUGAGGUUGAUGUCUACCACAUUGGACCUCUCAAGGGCCUCGGCACCCGCCACGGCAUCCAGCACUUCAGCGACAGCGCCAAGCAGGCCCGUAUCUCGACGGCGCAGUACAGGAAGUACUUCUACUAUGUCUCGGGCGGAGACGAGCGUAUCGGCGAAAUCCUCGAGGAGACUCUGGAUGUCGAUCAGACCUACGCCAAGCUCGACCCCAACCGCAAGGUUCGCGGUGACGGCGUUAAACCCACCGAGACUGCGGCGCCCAUUGGCCUUGGCACUGACUUCUCCGGCUUGGCUGCUGGGUGGCUCGUUGAGUGGGAGCGCCGCGGUCCCCGCUACGAGGAGGCCCUGACCAAGCUCACUAAGGUCGCCUCCGGCAUCGCCAGUCUGAAGAACGGCUUCGUCUCCGGCUCUGCCAUCUACAACCCCACAAACGGCGAUCUCAGCCCCCCUCCCGCCGACCCCGACAACAGCGGCAACGUCGCCAUCUCUCAUCUUUCUUCUGUCUUUGGUCUCGUCGAGGUCAUGGCCGAGCUGACGGACCACUGGGGCUCUGACGCUCCCGAGGGCUUCGAGCAGGCAUGGCUCGACUACUGCUACUACUACAGCGCCAGCAACGCCGAGCAGGCUGCCCGCUACGGUACGAACUUUGGCCGCGGCAACCUUGUCCAGGCUCACUCUCGCCUGACGGCCUAUGCCUCUCACAAGACGGACAACUCCAGCCUUGCCGCACGCGCUUGGGCCGAGUACAACCGCGAUGGUCUGCGCGCCAACGCCCCUUGGGCCAGCGUCAGACUCGAGGGCAGCGCCGUCCUGCACCCCAUUGAUGAGGCCGCCUUCAUCAGCACCAACGACUUUUCUCAGUACGGCCUGGCCACGAUCCAGAACCUUGCCCUCGCUCGCGAGGCUCUUCCUUGA